UACAACAUCAAGGUGGGAUUAGAUUUUUUUAAGAUCACACGUUUUAGGAAGAUUAAAGAAAUUAGAAAAUUAUGUUAUGAAAACGUCUAACAUUCUAAAAUCCAAAUGAAAGACAAACUGACGACUGUAAUUCAGCUGGAUGGUGGUGAGUCAACUCAACAACUCAUUUAAAAAACAAUACCUAACAAAACCACUUCCGUUCUUUUCAUCAUUUCCCUAUCUCAACACAUAAAAAUCAAUCUGUUUUUUCCAGGAAUCUACCUUUGACUCUCUUUUUUGAAUUGAUCAAUAUUGUUCACAUCUGAAGUUCAAUUACCCAUAUCCAAAAAUUAUUCAUUGUACCCCAAUUUAGAUUCUUUUCAUUUUUAACUGUCUGGGUUUUUAUGUUCUGACUCUGGAAUUUAGGGUUCAUUCAUAAGUAGAAAACCCCAAGUCAAUUUAUCACAAAAUACAUCAACAAGAUCAUUUCUUUUUGAUCUUUAAGGUUUGAAAAUGGGGUGCUGUGCAAGCAAAAGUAAGGUUACACAAGGGAAACUUAAUGGGCAUCGAUCAAAUGAUAUGAACAUUCAUGCUAGAAAUUUGCAGCAACAUCAACAACAAAGAGAUCAGCAAAUUCAUAAUCAUCAUCAUCAUCAACAACAAAGGCAGCAAAUUGUUGUUCAGCAACAAAAGCCAAAUACCCAUCAAGAACAAAGGUCUAAUCAACCUCAAUCUCAACCUCAAAAUGUGAAUUCACAAGUAAAACCCAUUAUAAUAGACCCAAAACCUAGACUAGCAAUUGCUGCACCACCACCAGAUACUAUACUGGGUAAACCAUUUGAAGAUAUAAGGUCACACUAUAGACUUGGGAAAGAAUUGGGUAGAGGUCAAUUUGGGAUUACUUAUUUGUGUAUUGAGAAUUCAACUGGUCAAUCUUAUGCUUGUAAAUCAAUUUUGAAAAGGAAAUUGGUGACUAGAAGUGAUAAAGAGGAUAUUAAGAGAGAAAUUCAGAUAUUGCAACAUUUAUCAGGGCAGCCUAAUAUUGUAGAAUUUAAAGGGGUUUAUGAGGAUAGACAGUCUGUUCAUGUGGUUAUGGAACUUUGUGCUGGUGGGGAAUUGUUUGAUAGGAUUAUUGCUGAAGGGCAUUACUCAGAAAGAGCAGCUGCAUCUAUUUGUAGGCAGAUUGUUAAGGUUGUUCAGAUUUGUAACUUUAUGGGCGUAUUGCAUCGCGAUCUUAAGCCGGAAAAUUUCUUGUUGGCUAGCAAGGAUGAUGGAGCUAUGCUCAAAGCUACUGAUUUUGGCUUGUCUGUUUUUAUAGAAGAAGGGAAGAAGUAUCGUGAUGUAGUGGGCAGUGCUUACUAUGUUGCUCCUGAAGUACUCAGGCGAAAUUAUGGGAAGGAAAUUGAUAUAUGGAGUGCAGGAAUUAUGUUGUAUAUUCUACUUAGUGGUGUCCCUCCCUUUUGGGCUGAAAGUGAGAGAGGCAUAUUUAACGCCAUACUGAAAGGGGAAAUUGACUUUGAAAGUAACCCAUGGCCAACUAUAUCAAAGUGUGCAAAGGAUCUUGUCAAGAAAAUGUUGAACCCGGAUCCGAAAAAGAGAAUUACCCCUGCAGAAGUUCUGGAGCAUCCGUGGAUGAGAGAAGGCGGAAAUGCAUCUGACAAGCCGAUAGAUAGUGCAGUGCUCUCUAGAAUGAAGCAGUUUAGGGCAAUGAAUAAGCUGAAGAAGCUAGCUUUGAAGGUCAUAGCGCAAAAUAUGUCUGAAGAGGAAAUUAAAGGUUUCAAAGCUAUGUUUGCUAACAUGGACACAGACAAGAAUGGUUCAAUAACCUACGAUGAGCUAAAAAAAGGAUUAGCUGAGCUUGGUUCAAAGCUUACUGAGAACGAAGUCAAGCAACUUAUGGAAGCUGCUGAUGUUGAUGGAGAUGGAUCAAUUGAUUACACAGAAUUUAUUACUGCAACAAUGAACAGACACAGACUGGAAACCGAUGAAAAUCUGUCGAAAGCGUUUCGAUAUUUUGAUAAGGAUAAUAGCGGCUACAUUACCACAGAUGAACUGGAAAGUGCCAUGAUGGAAUAUGGAAUCGCUGAUGAAAGUAGCAUCAAGGAAAUUCUCUCGGAAGUUGAUACUGAUAACGACGGACGAAUCAACUAUGAAGAAUUUUGUGCUAUGAUGAGAAGUGGUACAACCCAACAAGUAAAACUAUUCUAGCGCGUUUCAUGAAUAUAGGAAGGUUUUGUACAGUAAAACCGGUGAGUUUACUGAUGAUUAAAAUUAUUUUCGACAGAAGCUUCAAGAACCUUGUGUAUUUAUCUGUGAAAAUCUACUCUGCACUUGUGUAUAUGUAUUUAUAGAUUUUUAUUUUUACAUAGGUUUUUUUCCUUUUGUAUUUCUGCUUUAAGCAGAGUGAUUUUGCUCAUAUUGAAAUGAGAAGAUUUACUGUUACCUAAACAAUGCAGAAUCGGGUGAAGCUGUUAUGUGUUUUGGGAUCGGAUUUAAUAAGAAAACAAAGAGGAACUUGUAUAUUGUUUCUUGUAUCAUUGUAAUUUCACUAUAUCCAACCCCCCUCUCGAACGAUACAAGAGCCUACGAUGUUGCUUAUCGAGCCAUUGCUUCUGUAUUCCUUUCUUUGUAUCGGGAGUAGCUCUUAUUCUAGAGAGUGGGAUUUCACCAAAGUAUCCGAAUGGCAAACUAAUAAAGAAUCGUAA